GGUGCCGGGCGAGUGGUCAGGGCACAGGACAGAUGGGACAGCAGGCCACUCUGCAGCUACUGCACAGUACCCUGACCGGCUCUCUCUAGAGCGCUCCAGGCAAACUACGGAAAAAGGACAGAAAAAAGUUUAAAAAUCAAAAAAGAGAGAAAGAGAAAGAAAGACAACUUGACUGGAAAGGGGAAAACCUAUUUUACCUUCCUAACACACAAAACUUGUGAAAAACUGGACUCAUUACACUGGGACAGACUUUUGUGGAGAUACACUUAGAGGAUGCAGGACGGGAGCUGGAAUGACACACUCCCCCCCUCCAUACUUCUGAAGGAGGGGCAUACCGCAGGGGCCGUAUCUCUGGAGGGGGAUGGGGGCAUGUUUUCUGAGGCGUCCUCGGAUGGUGACGUUUACCUGGACUCCCUGGUGGAGUCAGAAACAGGGGACGGGGACUUUCCAGAACUCUCGGCUUUCCUAAGCCAGGAUGAGAUUAACCUCAGCCUGGAUCUGGCCCGAGAGGCAAUGAGUGAUGCAAGCGACCCCUGUGACAUCUCCGAAUCUUUAGCCCCUGCCACCCUUCCCAAAGCACCUGAGCAGGCUCUCCACCAGCAACAGCUACCAGCAGCAACAGAGCAUCAACCCCUCCACCCAGAGACCAAAGGUUUAGUGCCUCCAGAUUCGAUUGCAACAUCUACGUCAAAUCCGUCUGAAGUCGCAUCUGUUAAGGUCACAUCUAGCCAAAGUGUUCAACUCAGCAGGCCCACUCAGGCUUGUGCUGUCCCUGGAUCUUCAGCUUCACCUGAUAAGUUUGUCUGCCACAAGGCCAUCACGCCCAUGUACAAGCAAGAGCGCCCACGGCUUGUCCAUGGAGGUUUAGAGCUCAACGAUCGGGCAGCUUCCACCACCGAAUUCUGCAGCCGGGCUGCCACCUUCAUUGAGGAGCUUUCCUCUAUUUUUAAAGGUUCUGGCCGUUUGGAUCGCCAAGGAGAAGAAGAUUCAUCCUCACCUGACAGUGGCUACCUGUCCCCAAGGAGCCAUCGAUUGGCAGUACAGCAAGCUCAGUCUUCUACUUCCUCAUCUGUUUCCUCAGGGAUUCAACAGGAAGUGGCAGUCAGAGGUCAGGCAGAAAUGGAUUCAAGCAUAGCUGGGAGUGAGCAUCAAGCUGAUGGGGUCAGUGUGGAUGGACCGAUAGCUCCUCCUCGGUUUACCCAGAAGCUUAAAAGCCAGGAAGUGGCAGAAGGAAGCCCUAUUCGUCUGGAAUGUAGAGUGACGGGUAACCCCCAGCCUCUAGUCAGGUGGUUCUGUGAGGGCCGGGAGCUCCACCACUGUCCUGAUAUUCAGAUUUGGCGGGAUGGUGACCUGCACACGCUGGUGAUAACAGAAGCUUUUGAGGACGACACAGGCAGGUACACUUGCGUAGCCUCCAACGCUCUUGGAGCAGACAACACCUCAGCCGAGGUCUACAUAGAGGGAGCAUCCUCUUCAGACUCAGAAGGUGAAGGAUCUGCACACAAGUCUAAGUCGCGAGUCAUGCCACAGGUUCAGAAGAAAACGGCCUCAGUGUCCCUGACCAUUCGUUCUUCCUCACCCAAAAGCCCGGAUAAACCAGCCCACCGCUCCACACUGCUCCAGCCCCUGACUAUUCCACCACAGAGAGUUCAGAGUCCGGUGGCGUCACAGUAUGCUGGAGAUGGUCUUAUAGCAGGACCCCCCACCUUCACCAAGUUGUUGCAGGAUGCACAAGCCUCUGAGGGUCAGGUGGUGGUUCUGGAGUGCAGAGUGAGAGGUAGCCCCCCGGUGCAAGUCCAGUGGUUCCGGCAGGGUCUGGAGAUCCAGGAUUCCCCUGACUUCCGCAUUCUACAGAAAAAGCCGAGAUCUGCAGCAGAACCUGAGGAGAUCUGCACACUGGUGAUAGCAGAAGCGUUCCCUGAAGAUGGAGGCCAGUUCCGCUGCUGUGCUACAAACCAGUACGGCUCUGUCAGCUGUAAUGCCCAGCUCACUGUCACACCAGUGGCUGACGAGUCAACUAGCAAUGGUGUAUCCGGAGACAACAGUGUUUUUGAGGAUAACUCAUCAUUUCCACCUCCUCCACCACCCAAUGAGAUCAGCCUACUGGAGGUCCCACCCAAAACCCCACCUAGUGCUGAGGCCUUCCAGAUCAACGAGCUGGACAUCUGGCCCAGCAUCACAGCAAUGCCUGUAGAGGUCUCCUCAGACACUGAGCACCAAACCAAUGGGACUCUUCCCAGCGACCACGCACCCAGCAGAUUAACCAAGGAGGAACCUCCAAAAGAACCAGUGGCCCUGAAUGACCUUCCUUCUUCACCAUCUCCUGCCCCUCCUAUUCCAAUCAAGCCUAAACCCAAAUUAAACGCAGAACAGUUGAAGCUUCUCCAUGAUCAGGUCCUACUAGAGCAGCAAGAAGCGGCUAAGUGGCAGCAACAACAGAUCGAGCCAGAAGCCCCACCCCCUCCCCAGCAGCAACCUCAGCAGCAAGCCCAGGAAGGCCCGCCCCCAUCUCCGCCUCUCCCCCCUCCCCCCACCUACCAGGAGCUGGAGCGCAGCACCAUGCAGACCAGCACUUUCAACUACGCCCGGCCCAAGCAGUUCAUCGCUGCUCAGAGCCCCAGCAGUGGGGGGCCAGUGAGCUACACCACCCAGUCCUCGACCUCCUCGGGCUCCAGCGUCACCUCGCCGCUCUCGCCCUCCAUGUCCCAGAAGCCCUUCAGCCGGGUCGCCCUGCCGCCCUUCCAGCCACAGCCUAAAGGGGGCAGUCUAGAUUCCCCCAUCUCGCCCUCGUUCCCACCUCCGCCCCCACCCUUUUUCAGCUCCAGUAACGUCUCCUCACCCUCCGGCCCACCACAGGACUUCCCGCCUCCACCUCCACCACCCCCACCACCUGUCAGCACCAGCCCCACCCGCUCUGAUAGCUCCUCCCCCUUCACUUCCAUGCCCCAGUCACCUGCAGGGUUUUUGGUCUCAGUGCUGCCGGCCACACCCCCUGUCCCUCCAGUCAAUUCUUUGGGGCUGCCCAAAGGCAACGGCACAGUUGGAUUCCCACGAAAGACUAGCCGCAGCACACGCCUAAUUUCUGACUCCGAGAUCCAGGGCUCCAAAGAUGCUGUCAUCCAGGACCUGGAGAGGAAGCUGCGCUUUAAAGAGGAGCGUCUCAGCAAUGGCCAGCAGAGGUUAACCUAUGAAGAGAAGAUGGCUCGCAGGCUGCUGGGGGCGGACAACGCCGCCACAGUAUUUAACACGCAGCAAACAGAGGAGGAGCCAGCUACACAGGAAAGCAGCUCUGCUGACUCAGAUUCUGUCCCUCAAAAGGAGUAUAAGGUGUCGAGCUUCGAGCAGCGCCUGAUCAGUGAGAUCGAGUUCCGACUGGAGCGUUCACCGGUGGAGGAAAGCGAUGAUGAUGUUCAGCACAAUGAAGAUGCACCAGGAGAUUGUGUGGCCCCAUUCUUCGACCAGAAACUCAAACACUACAAAAUAUUUGAGGGCAUGCCUGUUACCUUCAGCUGCAAGGUCAUUGGAGACCCUAAGCCAAAGGUGUACUGGUUUAAAGAUGGUAAGCAGAUUUCAAAGAGGAGUGAGCACUACCGCAUCAGUCGAGAUCCAGACGGAACAUGCUCGCUGCAUACGGCCGCAGCCUCACUGGAUGACGAUGGCAACUACACCAUCAUGGCUGGCAACCCUGCAGGGAGGGUGAGCUGUACUGGUAGAAUGAUGGUGCAGGCGGUGAACCAGAGGGGGCGGAGCCAGCGCUCCACACCUGGCCACAUCCGCAGACCUCGCUCCAGGUCCAGGGACAGCGGGGAGGAGAAUGAGAACAUUCAGGAGCGCCACUUCCGCCCCCACUUCUUGCAGGCCCCAGGUGACCUCAUUGUACAGGAAGGCAAGCUGUGCCGCAUGGACUGCAAGGUAAGCGGUCUGCCUACCCCUGAUCUGAUCUGGCAGCUGAACGGCCAGACCAUCCGCCCAGACUCCGCCCAUAAGAUGCUGGUGCGAGAAAACGGAGUCCAUUCACUGGUUAUUGAGCCAGUCACAAACAGAGAUGCAGGAGUGUAUACAUGCAUUGCCAGCAACAGGGCCGGACAGAACUCCUUCAGCCUGGAGCUGAUAGUAGCAGCUAAAGAGAUGCACAAAGCCCCCACCUUCAUUGAGAAGCUUCAGAACACAGGUGUAGCAGAGGGUUACCCUGUUCGCUUGGAGUGUCGUGUGUCUGGAGUCCCGUUCCCUCAGAUUUUCUGGAAGAAGGAGAACGAGUCCAUCACUCACAACACAGACAGAAUAAGCAUGCACCAGGACAACUUUGGAUACCUGUGCAUGAUAAUCCAGCCGGCUUUGAAGGAAGACGCGGGAUGGUACACUGUCUCAGCCAAGAACGAAGCUGGCAUUGUGUCUAGCACAGCACGACUGGACGUACACACUCAAUGGCAGCAGCCAAACACCCCUAAGCCGAAGAAGGUGCGUCCCUCAGCCAGCCGCUACGCUGCCCUGACGGAGCGGGGCCUCGACGUGAAGGCAGCCUUCUUCCCUGACUCCAGCCCUCUACCCCCCGGCACCCUGGUGGAGAGCGACGACCUGUAGACGUGGCCCCAGGCCUGAUCUAUGAACCCAGACCCUUUUGACCCAAGUGCCACUGUCCCCACCUUAAACACCUCCCCCAACCACCACCACCAGCACAACUACCAGAGAAAGCUAAACCUGACUUCAAAUCAGUGGAUGAAGAAAUGAAUCUGAAUCAAAGCCAGUCAAAUGAUUCAUUUGAGUCUGGUUGGAAGACCUCCUUUUUCUUGCUUUUGUUUUUAUCUUUUUUUUUUGGUCUUUCCUGAUGAACAGUGGGGGACUUGUGAUGGGCACUGCAUUGAGGUCAAUAUUAAAAUUUACUUUUGGGGAUUUCUCUCAGUCUACACACACACACACACCUACAUAUACACAUACAAAUCAGACCAAGCUGAUUUGAGGGAGGAGGUGCUAUACCCAUGAUCACCUUGUUCUGCCAUCGCUGGAUUAUUUUCACAUUUCAAGUUCCUGCCUGAGAGAUGAUUAACCACAACAGAACGCUUAAGUAAAAGAUAAUGCCUUUCAAAUAAAGUAGCAUGUAGUUCUGCAUGUGUUACAAAGGUGCCAACAUUUAAUUCUUCCGUAGUAUUUACUCAGUGCCUUACUUUGUAUUUAUAAGCUGCUGGAAAUGAGAUGGUCUGUUCAUUUCUAGCAGAGAGAGAGAGAGAGAUAUUUUUGGGUAAACGUGCAGUGAUUUAGAGGUGGAAUUGAUGUGGAUAUUGCUGGGGAUGCAUUGGAACUUGGAUAGGACUGAUUUGAGUCAGAUAUGGGGCUUAGGAAUCUGUUGAGGGGGUUCAGAAAUGGACUUAGUGGACUUUUCUAUGUGAACCGCUGCGGCGUAGCUGUAGAUAGACUGAACACACUACCACAGAUAUCCACACAGUCUGGAUUUAGCAUUAGCACAAUGCCAUAGAUAUUGCACAAGGCCGGGCCUUAUAUAUAUAUAUAUAUAUAUAUAUAUAUAUAUAUAUAUAUAUAUAUAUAUAUAUAUAUAUAUAUAUAUAUAUAUAUAUAUAUAAAUUUUUUUCUUGAUCUUGAGGGAGUGGAAGGGUGAGGUGGUGUUGUAGUUGGAUUUGAUGAGAUUGAUGUGAGUUGUGAGGUUGAAAGAUGGUUUAAUAAUGACUGGUGUUUCCUCAACUUUUUCAUUUCUAAAACUGAUAGAAAAGCCAGAUAGACAGGUGGAGGAGAGGCCUGUGAGGAAAGGUAUAGGGAAGGUGGUGUGAGGUUACUUGUAGGCAUGAAUAGUUAGUUGAGGAGAGAAUGAAAGGGAUUGGCUCAGUUGACUGAAAGAGAGUGAGAGUGAAUGUGGUGUCAUUUGACAAAACAAGUGUUUGGUUACGAAGAAUUCAAACUACAUGAUGAUGAUGAUAACGAUGAUGAUUGUGUUGGGUAUACACUUCUGUUUUUGAAGUUUGGAAUCACAAACACACACACAGAUGCAGUUAGCAGGUUAUAGCAAUGGCGGACGCGUGUUUACCACAGUAUGUGACUGUAUGCUUUUUCAGGAGAGGAGGAAGGAAAACAGUGGAGUUACAGUAUUUAUACUUACACAGACUCUUACAUUUAUUUUAGUGAUUUUCUCAAUUUUCUGAUUGCUUUUUAUUUUUAACUGACAGACUGUGUACUGCCAUCACACAUUAUGUAGACCUUUCCUGUUUAGACCUUUUAAUUUAAUAAUAAUAAAUAAAUACAAAUUAUAUCAAUAAAUAAACAUACAUACAAUGUGCACGCAACUCUGGUACUUAAUGACUUGUGGAGCGAUUUCCUGGACAGUUAGAUUGACAUAAAAAAAAAUGCACAGCGUUAAAUCUCUUGCAAUUCUGUUUUGAUAAUAUGUAUCUAAACAUACGACUACAUAUUUACACUUUGCCUUUUAAUAUUUUUAGCAGUUACCUCUGUCUCAGCUCCAAUGCAUUAUGGGACUCAUGCUGAACGAUUUUAUUGUAUUAUUUUUUUUCUUUUCCCUUCCAUUUCCACGCCAAUCUGUGCCUGUAUAUGGAAUGCUCUCCUGACUCUUAUUUUGGUUUAUGACAAUAUAAAUAAAAGUCUCUGGAAGUACUAAA